CUCGCUCGUCCCCACACGUGCAAUCAUUUAAAAGAGUGGACACACUGAUCCGGCUGUUUGCUGAAUGUUUACCGGGCAAACUUAGUGCAGUCUGCGGCUCUCUGCUCUCGUGUAGCGGAAAGGAAAAACGGCUGAAAUGUUGCCGGACGCCUACGGGUGCGUCGUGGCGAACCGCUUCGGCGAUCUUCUGGACGACGACGCCGCCGACCCGUUCGACUUGAUGAGCGCCGCGGCGACGGAGAAGGACAAGAAGAAGAAGAGGCAGGAGCACGACAAGAAGGGCAAGCAGAAGAAGCCCGGUCAGAAGGAGUCCCAGAAGGAGCGGCGCGUCCCGGUCGCCUCGGAGCGUCAGGAGCCGGCUGCUCCAGUCCAUAAACAGCAGCAGCAGCAGCAGCAGCAGCAGGCGUCACGUCCUGCAGCAGUGAGUGAGAGCAGAGAGGAGGCCCAGAGGGGCAUGAAGAGGGCUGCUGCUGCUGCUGGGGAGCGCAGGGCAAACCAAGAGGACAACCCACAGCAGGAGUUCUCCAUCUCCAAGCCGUCCUCUUAUGCAGACUCCGACCUCAGGGGUCGAGGGGGGUUCAGAGGCAGAAGAGGAGCAAGAGGUGGCGGCUCCGCGAGGAACCCAGAAAACUACAACCCAAGGGGCAAGAGAGAAUUUGAUCGUCACAAUGGAACGGGUAUAUCUCCUGAGGAAAAGAGAGGAGGCCGAGGGCCCUGGAACUGGGGCCGUGCAGAAGAAGCUGCCAGUGAAUUAAUGGAGGUGACACCCAACCCUCCAGUCAAACCUGAGGAGCCCCAAGUACUUGUGGAUGAAGAGAAUCAUAAUCGAGCAAUGGAAGAGGAUGAUGGAGAGAUGGUGGUCCAAGUCGCCAUGGAGAUGACCCUGGAUGAGUGGAAGGCCAUGCAGGAGAUGAAUCGUCCCAAGGCAGAGUUUAAUAUCCGCAAAGCGGAGAACAAGAUUCCCUCCAAAGCCAAGGUCAUCCACCAGUCAAAGCACCUGGAGAACCUCAAGGGGACUGUGGAGGACAUUGAGGAUGACGGACACUUCCUCCGUAGGUCUGUGAAUGACAUCACCUCCCUUCUGGACAUCAAUUUCGGGAGUCUUGGACGUCCCACUCGUGGGGGUCGAGGAAGGGGAGCUCGAGGUGGUCCGACCAAUCGCCCGGAAAGGCCUAAACCCAUAUUGGAGAGGGAGGGGGAUCUGGCCCCUAACCCAGAUGACCCAGAAGACUUCCCAGCACUAUCAACAGGAAGAUAACUGAAUACACUUGUUGUCGUUUAAACUCCUGUGGGGAGAAUUUUGUUGCACUUAACACUUGAUAGAUAACACUGCUUUCAUGUUGCCGCUGUUCUUAAGGUUUGGGGGUUCUAUUGCACUGAACACACCACUUGGCAAAUGAUUCCUGGAGAAUAAAUGCUAUUGCAAGUUUA